AUGCUACCGUCUUCAUCAUCGGGGCUGGUGCAGAUGGAAGGAUGUGGGGCGGAGGCGAGAGAUACCCAGAAAAUGCAGUGCAUGAAACUGACUGAAGAGAGAGAUGAAGCAGAGAGCCAGCUGAAACACAUCAAGAGAGUUUCCCAAAUGGUGAUCGAGGAGGUGAGCGUUCUGCAGACGCAGCUGGAGAUAGAAAAAUCCUGCAGAGAAAAUGCUGAGGCCCUUGCCACCAAGUUGAACAGUGAGAACAGGAAGCUGAAGUAUCUGAGCCUGUCGUCUCGACCCUGUCUGGAUGAGAUGCUACCUAGUAUCACAGACUGCAUGCCUCUGGAAGAGGAGACGGACACACAGGACACCAGCCCUGACCCGUACAGCCAGUACCAACAGCAGGGUAAAGAGCUGCAGGAGACAGUGAGCAGUCUGCUGCAAGAGAAGAAGUGGCUUGCCGGUCAGCUUCAAGAGCAGCAGAGACAGAUUGAAGAGCUAACAGCCCUGACUGAGAAGGAGCAAGCUGAAAUGAAGGAGCUUCACAAAACCACGGAGCAGCAAAGCAAGACCAUCAAGAGGUUCAAUAGAGUGUCUGUGAUGGCUACUACAGAGUAUGAGGAGAUGAAGGAGCAGCUGGAUUUGGAGCAGAGCCUGAGGAUGAAGGCUGAGACGUAUGCCCAUGAGAUGUUGGUGAAGCAGAAAGAGGCUAACAGACAGAGUAUGAUCCUGCUACAGAACGCUGACCCCAGCCUGCAGCUGAUCAAGGCUCUGGAGGACGUGGCUAAUGUUACCAAGACUCUGGAGCAGGAGAGACUGCAGCAUCACCAGAAGGUGAAGGCUCUGGAGGCUGAGCUACAGGAGUCCUCUCUGAAACAGCAGAUAGCAGAGCUGCAGAGCCAGCUGGAACUGAUGGAGGAGGAGAAGAGAGAGACAGAGGGACGUCUGCAGGAGGUAGAGAAGAAGAACCGUGACCUAGAGAAAAGAGUGCAAGAGCUGCUGCAGGUCCAGAAGAGCACGGAGCCCUCACCAGGCCCUGAACCAGGGAUCGCCCCACCCCCCGCCCCUGUUCCCCAGCCCCCUCCACCCCCACCACCACCCCCUCCCCCUCCUCCACCCCCUCCCCCAUCGCGAUGCAACCCCCUCAGCUCACUGAUUGCAAUCAUGAGGAAAUCAUCCAAGGGUUCAAAGGGGGGAUCCCCGAAGUUGGAACAAGCUCCUGGUGCAGAAGGAGGUACAGAUGUUAAAGUGAAGGCAGUCAAUGAGAUGAUGGAGAGGAUUAAACAUGGAGUGGUUCUGAGGCCUGUCAAGGGAGGAGACACUAAGCAACCUCCAGUAAUGGAAGAAAAGUUGCCACAGGAGAGUGCCAUGGAAGAACUGAAAGGCAUUCUGGAGACAGUGAAGAAGAGUCCCAGUCGGGGGGCUCAGGAGUCGGUCCCGUCCCCCCCAGGGAAGAGCCCUGUCAGCAGCGAGCUGGAGGUCAUCCUGAGGCGGAGACGUAAACAGGCCUGUGACUCUGGAGAUGGAGGUAGCAACACCAUUCGUCUGUUUGUUUAG